UGUCAGCGACCGACCCACAAAAAAUAGGAAAAAAAUGUCACAGUUGGAGUAUGUGAAUUGCUUGCCUUAUAAUUUCUCAGCCCUCCAAUCCCAAUCUCAAUCUCAUCACUUCGUCUUCACUCCUCAGCCCCUUCUCUCAGUUUCCCAAUCCUUUCAUCCAAAUUCCGAUGGCCAAAGCUUUGUUUUUUCUGUAGGAGGAUCGAUGGAGUCUGUGGCGGAUCGAUACGAUUCGACGUUGAAUGUGUUGUCUUCGUUGAUAACGAAACGGAGUCGUGCUGAUAAGAGUAAUAAAGGGGAUCGUUUCGACUUGCUUUUUGAUUAUUUGAAAAUUUUGGAAUUAGAAGACGCGAUUCCGCAGUUGAAAAUCAUUCAUGUUGCUGGCACUAAAGGAAAGGGAUCAACAUGCACGUUUGCAGAAUCUAUAUUACGUAAUUGUGGGUUUCGGACCGGACUUUUCACGUCCCCACACCUUAUAGAUGUUCGUGAGAGGUUUCGGUUGGAUGGUGUGGAAAUAUGUGAGGAGAAAUUCUUGGAAUAUUUCUGGUGGUGCUAUGAUAGGCUGAAGGAAAACACCAGUGAUGAUGUACCAAUGCCUACAUACUUUCGCUUUCUGGCCUUGCUUGCCUUUAAGAUAUUUGCCGCAGAGAAGGUUGAUGUUGCUAUUCUGGAGGUUGGUUUGGGUGGAAGGUUUGAUGCAACUAAUGUGGUUCAAGCACCCAUUGUGUGUGGUGUAUCUUCCCUUGGGUAUGACCACAUGGAGAUUCUUGGAAAUACUCUGAGAAAAAUUGCUGGGGAGAAGGCUGGUAUAUUUAAGCAUGAGAUACCGGCCUUUACCGUACCUCAACCUGUUGAGGCAAUGCAGAUGCUUGAAGAGAAAGCUUCGAAGUUAAAUGUAGACCUUCAAGUGGCGCAUCCAAUUGAUGCAAGUUCACUGAAUGGUUUGAAGCUUGCACUUGAAGGUGAACAUCAAUAUUUAAAUGCUGGUCUUGCUGUUGCACUGUGUACUGCUUGGCUUCAGAGGACUGGUCAUCCUAUCAGCAAUUUCAAUCAAACAGGUCCAUUACCUGAACCCUUUAUCAAGGGCUUAACAACAGCUAGUUUGCAAGGGCGGGCUCAGAUUGUCCGUGAUCAAUUUCCUGACAUUGAAAAUCUGGUCUUUUAUUUGGAUGGAGCCCACAGUCCUGAAAGCAUGGAAGCUUGUGCGAGGUGGUUUUCCCUUUGCACUAAGGAUGAUAAUCACCAAUCAGACCAGAAUUCUGAGUCACAGCAGCAAUCGGACGAAAGAUCUAAGGAUACUGCCCAGAUUCUGCUGUUCAAUUGUAUGUCUGUGCGAGAUCCACAAUUGCUUCUGCCGCGCUUGAUGAGGACUUGUUCCAGCCAUGGUGUCCAUUUCAGGAAGGCGCUCUUUGUGCCGAACAUAUCGGUGUAUCACAAGGUUGGAUCCAAUACUUUACCUACAGUUGAUCCUCAAGUUGAUUUGUCAUGGCAAUUUGCUCUUCAAAGAGUGUGGGAAAACCUUCUGCAGAAUGAUAAAGGAGGGGAGGCCAGUAACACCGAUCAAGUUAUUGAAGAAGUGAAAGACGAUACAGGAAUGAGCGUUAGGUGUUGUAAAAACAGUUCCGUCUUUUCUUCUCUACCAUCUGCUAUAAAAUGGCUCAGGGAUACUGCCCAGAAGGACCGAUUUGUUCGGUUUCAGGUCCUCGUCACCGGUUCCCUGCAUCUCGUAGGUGACGUCUUGAGAUUAAUCAAGAAAUGAGGCUGAAUCUCCCUCUGACAUCGUUCAUGUAACAGAGACAACGUGGGUUCGUUUUCUUUACCGAUCGAGGCAACUUCCCCAUGGUCCUCAACCGCCUGCAUUAGGCUUCCGAAGUGUCGGUUUCUCGGGGGGUGGGUGGGUUGCUAGCUUAGGUAAACACUUUCAUUUAUGAAUUCCGAAAUCGGCAUAACUUCAACGAGCUAAUGAAUUAUUGUUUUUGAAACAUGUUGAGACAAAUCCAACUAAACAUCGCAAUUCAUUUUGAUUUGACAAAUCGAAUAAUUGUUUUGGUGAUGCUGCAAGCAAA